UUGGUAGUAACAGGGUGUACAGAGCGUAGCAAAAACCAUUCACUCGCCCAGCUUGUAAUACAGACCGCGAAACAUAAUAGUUACACGAGAAACAUAUAUAUGUUUCUGUGUAUACUUCCUUAUAUUUCUAGCAUUUUAUUCUCGAUAUUACUCUUUUAUUCUGACUAGGAGUAUAAUUUGAACUUCAACUGACAGACGGUUGAUUUUGAUGCUUUGAUACGAUAUUUUGCUGAAAAGGAUAAAUAAGAACAGAUUUAUCGAAGCUUGUUCGUGGGACGUGUACUCGUGUUGACCCGGCCUUCAUCGCCAAGCCCCAGCCAGCGAACAUCUCAAAUACUACCACUCUGCAACGCGGCGUGGAGCGCAUUGCUGUCGGGACGUCCUACUAGUAUUACAAAUUACUAUGGCAACGACAUAGAACUUGGAGUCUUGACGAUUUAUAAGGGAAACGCUUUGUGACGUUGGAGUUAAAUAAUUCUUCGUUUUGUACUCAAAAUCUUGUGAAAACAGACAAUUUUAGCCAAGAUGCCUGCUUCGAGAAGUAUAGGAACUGCUGGCAGCAUCGACACGGAUAUUCUCAACAUCGAAUUUCCAAAGUUUACAUGUAUUUGUGAGAUAUGCGACUGUGGACGACACAAGCAUCACCAUAACUGCAAGAGGAAACGUCGACCAGCCGGUGCCGACCGCCCAUGUGACCUUAGCCACUAUCAACAGACCUUCACCGCUUAUCCCAAUGCUCAAAGGCAGCUGCCCCUCAUCCCUCCUGCAACGCCCCGGGACCCCAACCCACCAAGAAUGGUGUUCGACACCACACAGCGACACGACUUCAUACCGACAGGAGAGAUUACGAAGCCUCAGAAAGUAAAACCGGUUGAAAAUUACCAGCCGACCAAAGCGCCUCUUGACGGUGAAACGGUUUACAAGGUCACGUACCCCGGUCAUACACAGUUUCCUCAGAUCAGCCAGGCUCGACCACCGAGCCAUAAAGACUAUCGGGAAAGAUCGGCAAAGUUCGACCAACGAACAACGAACAAGGAAGAAUACCGAGCAUGGGUAGCAAAGCCUUCGGUGGCGUUCGGGGAACUCCCGUCAUUUGCAGGUUCCAUCUUGUAUCCGGGUGAUAAGCAAGAACUGCAGUCGAUGACGCAACAAGACUUCGUAGAGCGACCGAUUAAUAAAUCCGAAAUGAUUCGGUCUGGAGUUGGAAGCAAUAUCCAAGUGAGAGAAGGCAAGUUUGACCAUAACACAAUCCACAAGAUGACGUACAAGGAUAUGGGCCCCGGUCACACAGCAAAGAACGCUCGUCCUAGCAACCAGUACCCCUCGGCGGCACGGAGAGCAAAGUUCGACGGAGUGACACAGUCUAGGAAAGAUUUUCCCGGCUAUCAGAGCCAACCGUUACCGCAGAAGCCUUGCACACCGCCUCCAGUGACAAUCAGGCUCAGCAUGGACUCGAAAAUUGAUUUCGUGACGGAGAAUACGCAUGAGUUCCAAGGUCACGACGUCCUUUCGAACCCUAAACGUGCCACAAUGAAGAAAGACUCGGACACUUACAAUCCACCAACCAUCAAGUUUGCGACAGACUCCAGUAAUAAGGUGGAUUAUCGUCCGAUCGAAGACAAGUCCGCGUAUCUCCAACCCAACCGUCGACCGCACACCCAAGGCGGCGCCCGCUCAGCCAAGUUCUACGACCAGACAACGAACAAUCGCUUCUUCCGCAACUGGGGCGCCAAGCCUCGCAUUCGCUACGGCGACUUCCACGAAGCGAAGAUCUACAUCAAACCCCGCGGAAAGAUGGAAGUGGAAAGUUGGAACAGUUCAACCUACAAGUCCCUCCCACUUGAUGAACCCACGCCGAACUACAAACCUCAUGACGAGCCGGUUGAGCGAUCAGGAGAGCAGGACUUUACCACAAUACACAAAUCAACGUACAAAGGACAGCGUCCGAAGAUGUGUAAGUCACAACUGUAUCUGCUUCAGCAAGAGAUGAGGAGACGGAAGGCUUUGAGGGACAGGCAGAUGAAGGAAGGAGCGGCAGGAAACAUUGGCUUACAAGCUGUUGGAAGGACUGCUCUAUCUGGUACUGUCUGAAAACCACAUUGCAGUAAAUGAUAUUCUCUGACGGUCAAGCUAGGACUCAUCCCGUCGGAUUGCUCGACCGUUUUGGCAAGAACACUAUACACACAUCGGACGUCGAGUAGGAUAAUGAUGAUAACGAGCCAAGUGAAAGACACACCAACACUGAAAUGAACAUUGAAGACGCCACAUGGACAACCAUUACAGUGAUGACGUUCGAUUCGGCCAGACAAUUCACAGGCAUACAAAAGGUGUAGUGUCUCCCCUGUUUGAAUAUCCGAUGAACGAAGGAUUCUCGCCAUUGUACCUUGAUAGUUCCUAGGUUCAUGGAAUGAGUGUGAACGCUGCUUCUGUUCAGUUGAAACAAAAAGAAUUCGUAUAUUAUGCGUCGGUCGAUCUUUGAUAAGUACUUGACUAGACGAGAAAAUGAUUUAAUAAAUAUGAUUAUUAAAACCAUACAAUGCAUGCUUCCCAGCAGCAAUAUAAUUUUACAACAAUGUUUUGUAAGAAAAAUAUAAACCGUCCAACUUGAGGUUGGUUUCUAGAAACACUCUUAGUUGUUGUGGAUUAAAAUAGUUUUUUUUUUCACACAACAAUGAGGUUCGAUUUUAUAUCAUUCGUGCAUUCUCCAAACUUAAAGUUCGCUGCUGCAGUUGAAGACCUUACUGACCCUGUGGAAGUGUUUGACAUGAUCGGAACACAUUAUUUUUGUAUUCAUGCAUGACAUUUUUUUAUCAAGUAAGGAACAUAAGACGAUAAGCCAAAGGGUCGCGUUUGUAAGUUGUUCGAUGCACUCUUCAACCAAAUCCGUCCAGCACCCGAGCUAUUAUACACAUCAUCUGUUUUCCAAUUAAAAAACGAAAUCUGUCCAUUAUACUCGUGUUUUUACAAAAUAUGCUUUCACAUUUUAUUUUUCUGUUGUAAAAUUGGUGUUGAUGGCGAUUCUAAUGGUAGCAUUUUAGCACAAAGAAAUAUAUAUAUCUCCUUACUGUUUGAAGGGCUCAGUAUUUUCCCAUACGCUAUGACCAUAAGUAUUACUUUAGUCACCGGUUUAAGGCUUGUACAGAUACGGCGCGGGAAUACUGCGGCUCUUUUUGCGGCGGUGUACCGCUGCAUAACAGGGAUUUUUAGAUUCUGUUUAACGUCGACUACCCUUUUAAGGCAAUGUGACGUCCUUUUAAGGCACUGGCAGUGACGUCAGAUUGCCUUUAAAAGGGCAGUCCACCUCCUCGUCGUGCAAAAUCUAAAAGUCCUUAAUAUCUGAACAAGCCUCUAUGUUCUCAUUUCUUAGAUACGCAAACUUGUAGAUAGUUAAGGAUGACAGGGUAUGAUCGCACGUGGUUUAUUCUUAACGAAGUUUCUUUGUUAAAAUGAAGAAGAGUCUUUUCGCAUUUUAUUUUCUAGGUUUCUCUGUUUUCAACUUUUUGAUUUCUAUGCAGUUGAAUCUCCCGCGUAAUUUAUUGCACCGAUUUUCAUACGGUAUAUUCCAUUUCCAUGCAUCUGUUUAAAGGAUUUCGAUAAAUUUAUCAAAUUUUCUAUUUGAUGAACUUGACAAAUACCUGAAUCUCUUUUGAUCAGGUAGAAAAAUAUUUACACGUCUUUGCUAUUGAUUCAUUUUCUCUCUUUCGGCGAGACAAUUCUAUUGCUAAAGUCUUGAAAGCUUGUGUGGGUUUAUGAAUUUGAUUUUCUUAAUUGCAAAAGAUUGUGUUGACAUAGGUGUAUGAGCUAUGCUGAUCCAGUAUUUUUUCGGCACAAUUUUGACCUUUUUCCACCUUCUUUCUUUCUGCUUUUUUGAUGGCUUAUAUCUAUUUUUAGAUUGAAAUAUAUGUAAAUACUUGAUCUUGUAUCAUCUCAAUAUUGUAAUUUCAUCUCAUUGAAUUAUUAUUUUGAAAAAUAUUAUAUCUUAUCUGUUCUCUUUGUUGUUGAGUGUGCGAAAAAAGAAGAGCCAAUAAACUUGAUUGCACUUAAUUAUUACAUA